AUGAGCCCAUACAGAGCCGUUGCGGUAACUUGGUACUGGUGCAUCAAGGAGUAUGAAAUAGAGUUGACGGCUGGCGCGACCCAUAUCAAAGCUGAAGAAAGUGACGAUCAAGUGAUCAAUGGCUCACAAAACACCUUGACACAAGAUCGCGAUUUCAUUUUAGUAGACAACCAAACGGUAGAAAAGUUUCUUGUUACUCUUGGAAACUGCGGUCUAUCAUCAGGCUGGAAGAUCGAACCGAUGGGUCGAGCUCAUGAUGCCAUGGCGAGACAUGCCAGCCACCGGAUAAUAGGCAACGCGAAAUUGAUAGAAGAUGAGUCGUGGGACAACAAAAUGGCUUGGACGGAAGACGCGACUACGGCAAUGAGUGCAUUGGUUCGCACCUACAAGACCGAUGAAAGUCACAGCAUUCAGGGUUACGCAGAAAUCGGCCAAUCGACAAUAAUCAUCCACUGGGCAUGGCUGUCGCUUUUGGCUACUCAGAUCCUGUUAAUGGUAGUAUUUGUGGUUUAUGUCAUCUUGGAAACUGCCAAGCUAGACAUUCAGGUUGUUUAA